GGUAGAAAUGGAGAGGCAGGGACCAGCACGACUCGUCCAAAGAGGACAGAAGAGUUCUCACCCUGUUCAGCUUGGGGCCACCCAAGAGUUCCUGGGUGGGCUGGACGCCCGUUUGAUUAAGCAGGAGCCGGAGGAGAGUCCCCAGCAGCCUUGGGACGCUCAGUGGCAGGACUUCCUGAGGGCGAUGCAGCCCUCUCGUUCCAGACAGAAAUGCGCCCAGCCACCCAGUCCUGCCCGGUCCGGGGAUGGUUCCUGGUCCUUCUUCAAGGGAACCACUGAUCUGAGUCAGAGGCCUGGGAGGAAGAGCGUAACCUGGCCCCUGCCGGACCCCAGCGAAGGUUGCCGAGGCCUCGUUUCCUCGGUGAGGGUGAAAGAAGAAAUUCUGGAGGCAGAGGAAGCCUUUGGCUCAGAAACGGAGCGCCAGCGUUUCAGGCAGUUCUGCUACCAGGAGGCCGAAGGGCCCAAAGAGAACUUUUGCCAACUGCAGGAGCUCUGCCGCCAGUGGCUGAAGCCUGAGAGGCGCACCAAGAAGCAGAUCCUGGAGCUGCUGGUCCUGGAGCAGUUCCUGGCCAUCCUGCCCCCAGAGAUGCAGAACUGGGUCAAGGAAGGCAAGCCGGAGAGCUGUGCCCAGACGGUUGCCCUGGCGGAGGAUUACUUGCUGCGGGUGCAGGAGGCUGAUGAACUGCAAGAGAAGGUUUCCUGUCCUGGGGAAGAGGGAGCUGUGGUUAAUUCUCCCAAAUCAGAGCAGGUGCCAUCGGAAGCAGUGAACAGCCACCUCUCUGCAGGGGCCGAGGAAGAAAGCAACGAAGAGGCCAGUUUUAUAGGCAAUGACCAAGGUUACGAAAACGAGGAGGAGACCUCGUCCUUUGAAAGGCAUCCCCAAGUAGGCAUCAGCGGGCUGUCCUUGGCAAGACUCAAUGGGAAGUUCUAUCAGGUCUGUGGACUGGAAGAGAUGCCAGGAAGUGAGCCUCACCGAGAAAGCCACCAGGAAAACCAAUCAGGGAUCCCAGCUAUUUUUCACGAGGACAGCUUACGAGAAAACACCUUCCUGGAGGGAAGCCAGAAGGGAAAGAGGAGGAAUACGGGUCCCAGUUGGGGGGCAGUCCUGAACCACGGUUUUGAGUUUCCUCCGAACCGGAAAAUGCAAAAACUCUACACGUGCACCUACUGUGGGAAGAUCUCUAACAACAGCGCGCAUAUGAUCAUCCACGAGAGGACCCACACCGGCGAGAAGCCGUACAAGUGCUCAGAAUGUGGAAAAUGCUUCAGCACAAACUGCAACCUGAUGAAACACACCCGGGUGCACACGGGCGAGAAGCCCUACCAGUGUGCCGACUGUGGCAGGAGCUUCAGUGACAAGGCCUCGCUCAUUGUGCACGAGAGGACCCACACCGGGGAGAAGCCGUACGAGUGCCCCAUGUGCGGGAAGAGCUUCACCUCCAGCUCCAACCUCAUCACGCACAAGCGGGUGCACACGGGGGAGAAGCCCUACAAAUGUUCUGAAUGUGGGCAGAGUUUUGUCCACCGGCCGCAGCUGGUUAUCCAUAUCCGGACGCACACCGGGGAGAAGCCGUACGAGUGCCCCGAGUGCCGGAAGAGCUUCAAUCAGAAAGCUGACCUCAUCAUCCACCGGCGCACCCACACGGGGGAGAAGCCCUACGAGUGCCCCGAGUGCGGGAAGAGCUUCAUCUCCAGCUCUUACCUCCGGAAGCACGAGCGGCUGCAUGCGGGGAAGAAGGCGCACGUCGGGGAGGAGACCCAUAAGUGCAGCUACUGUAGGAAAAGCUUCAUCAGCCGAUCCAAGCUUCUCAUCCAUGAGAGGACCCACACGGGGGAGAAGCCCUUUGAAUGUGCCGAGUGUGGGAAGAGCUUCAGCACCAGCUCUAACUUGGUCAACCACAAGAGGGUCCACACGGGUGAGAAGCCGUACCAGUGCUCGGAUUGCGGGCAGAAGUUCAGCACAAACUCAAACCUCGUCAACCACCGGCGGGUGCACACGGGAGAGAAGCCGUACAAGUGCUCCGACUGCGGGCAGAACUUUGGCCAUAAAGCUUCUCUCCGGAGGCACAAGAGAAUCCACUCCAGAGAUGUCACCAGAGGCGUGCUUGGAACGGGGGCAAAAUGUUAGCACGAAACUUACAGCCACGUGGAGAGCUGCCUUGUGCUGUAGUAGGCUCUUGGCCCACUGAGUCAGCGUCACUGGGAAGAAGCAUUUCUAGGGCAGGUGUCUUUCACAGCCCUACCUGGAGAUGCCAGGGAGGAUCUGCUACAUGCCAUGCAGACGUAGGAUCUGCUACAUGCUGAGCACGUCUUAUGCCACUGAUCUGGGAUCCAUUGGCUGGGUUUCCAGAUGCUAUUUGGAAGUUCACCAGCAGGAUGAGAAGGCAAUACCCACAGUGCUCUUGUAAUGGUAUGUGAGAAAGACCUUGAGAGAGGGGGUCAAAGAGGUGCUGCCGAGGGAACGGUCAGAUAAGAGACAGCACAGCCCCCAGCUGCAUAACGGGAGGAGAAAGAGGCUCAGAAGGGAGCUCCCUAACAUCUUAGGCUGUAAAGGAGAUGGUGGGAGACUUUUACUUCCAAGAUUGAUGUUGGCCACUAACAGAAUCUUGCAAGUCUGAAAGUACAAUUCUCCCGCUGUCUCCUUUACAGCCUGAGAAGUUAGGGAGCUCCC